GCGCCAAGCAACUCAAGUUCCUCUUCUCAUUACUCGAUACGUGUCAAAAUUGCAUGAUAAAUGAUAAGCGCAAUGAUUGCUUCAUGGAGUAUAUAUUGGACAACCAAGAUCGCUAUAACUUGGACCGUGAACAGACUGCAUACAUUGGCGGGACGCUCAUUGAAGCUGGGAUAGACACCACUGCCAUGUUUCUGCAAUUCUUCGUUGCUUGUAUGUUAGCAUACCCUGAGGUGCAAGCUCGAACACGCAAGGAAAUAGACGACGUGAUCGGCCUCAACCGAACACCCCAACAAGAUGAUAUCGAGAAUUUGCCGUACCUAAGAGCUCUGAUCAACGAGGUGAGCAUUUCCGGGAGGUUACAUGUAAUGACAAGCCACUAUAGAUACACCGUUUCUGUCCUGUCACUCCAACAGGCCUUCCGCAUGCGCCUAUGGCAGAUGAACAUGUGUGUGCCCUUCACUAUCCGGUUCACUCCGGGUGAUUUCACAACGUGUUUUUCUCAGAUUGACGACUACAUUAUCCCGAAGGGAACUACAAUCUUCAUUAAUAUAUGGGGCCUCUACCGUAACGAAGAAUACUUCGAAGAUCCUGACUGGUUCAAUCCCGAGCGAUAUCUUCAAUCGCCGUACGGUAUGAAACCCGGUGUCAAUCUCACGGGCUUAAGGAGUGAUUAUAUAUUCGGCGGUGGAAGGCGGAUUUUCCCUGACAUGCACCUCGCUUCCAACUCUAUUGCACUUAAUGCCAUGAACCUCCUAUGGGCAUUCGAAUUCAAUGCGGCUAAAGACCCUAACACUGGUCGACCCAUUCCAGUUGACCCACAUCACGUCACUGAUAAUUUGCUUUUGAGCCCAGAACCGUUUCAGUGUAACAUUGUACCUCGAAGUAACAGAAAGGCUGAGAUGAUACGGAACCAGUUUGCGAACGCAAAGGCUACUUUUGAUCUGUUCUGCGCAUAAGCGGUGUCAGACUCGGACAUUUUUGACUCCCGGGGAUUGAAGGAGCAGCUUCAAAACGCGCCUCUAAUCUACGAUGGCUCUAGAGCACCGGACGUCUCUGUAGUUCAAUAUGCUGUCUCCCUGUAUACGGACGGGGGGGUGUUUCAAUGUAUGUUAGCUCGAUCAAUCCCGACAGAGCAGUAACAGACAUUUGUACCAAGACAAGAAUCAUUUAGGGUAUCCUAAAGGAUAUUAAUUCACGUAUUCAAUCUUCUGGAGAAGAGUACAACGGAGAAUCCUGAUAAAGAAGAGCAAAUGCGCGGUUUUAUGGCAUUGUUUAGGACCAGAAGGACCGUAGUCAAGAGAAUGCCAGAUAUCCGGCUUUGGUACUUAGCGCUAGACCUUCAGUCUAA